AUGAUAUUACAAGACCCGUCGUUUCUUGGAACUGUAACGUCUACUAGCAAUAGCAUUUAUGAUAAGCCUUUGAUCGAUUUUAAAUGGAAAACUAUAACAGAUUAUGAAUAUGAGGUAUUCAAUAUAACAAUUGCAGCAAUAGGAAAUCUAGUAAAUACAACUAUGUGGGGUCGUCUUUUAGCCAAUGAAGUUUUCCCUGGACUCGAGGCACCCAUCAAGAAAUUUAUCGGCGGUCAUUUAGAAUCAGCUUUACAUCCAAUUUCCACUUGUCAAAUUGGAUUGUGUUAA